GGAGUGCUAGUGUUGUUCCUAUGUUCUAACCAAAGUCGGAUAUGUUAUACCGUCCGUCUUUAUUAACUUAUUCAUUGUUUAUACGGUGAAUGAAAAGUUAGGAAGGAUGUCUCGGCCGAAAACAGGACCUCAAGAUUUACCUCCUAAGGGAGGGUAUGCUCCUUUCAAUAUCAACCGAAUUAAGCUACGUAGUUUUCUAACAGGUCGUAUGGGUGUGGGGUUAUUUAUUGUUACCAAUGCCGUGUCAGUUCCAUUAUACUAUAAAAAUUGGGUAAGCGAGCGAAAAAGAAUGCUCGAAACAAAAAGUCGAGAACUAGCAACGGUGCCGAUAUUGCUCGCAGAAAGAGAUAGAGCGAUGUUAAAACAUAUGAAACGAAUGAGAGAAUUAGAAGCUGAUGUAAUGAAGGAUGUCCCAAAUUGGGAAGUAGGCACAUUUUUUGGAAUGCCGAUAUACGAAAGCGUGCCAGAAGAUACCUAUAUCGAACCAAAUUUCGGUGAAUGUUACACAUAUGCAGAUCCUUACGAGUUACCAACAUUGCAAAUAUCACAUUUGCUAGGGUAAACUUUACAUUAUGAGGUUAUGUAUAUGUAAGAUAGUAUGUUGUAUUACAUUAAAUAUAAUUAAUAAAGUUAUAUUACAAAUA